ACGCACACGGCCGAAGCUCUCAGCUCGUCCUCCCCUCUCUCUGCGCCCUCUGUCUCUCCCCCUAGCACGCGGAGAGGCGGGAGAGAGAAAGCGAGAGGCGACUAGGCGAGGGAGGUGGGGGAUCAUCAGGAGGCUUUUGUUUGGUCGAGAGACCACAAACUCCACCACGGCCCAAUCACCGAACCUCUGCCUUCUUUAAGCGCGCUCCCCUCCCCUCCCCUCCCCUCCCACGGUGGAGGCCGAAUCACCUCCUCUCUGCCUCCCUCGACCCACUUUGGCAUCUGCCGGACCGGGAUCGAUACCGCCGCCACGCAUAAAUACCGCCUCCCCUGCCACUGCCACUCCCCCUCUCCUCUCCUCUCCUCCGCGCCCCGACUACUCCCUCUCUUCCGUGGCUUUGCCUGAGAAACGCGGGUGGAAUCUUGGUCGGCUGAGCCUGAGAGAGAUGAUGAAGCAGGAGUCGUGGAUGGAGGUGCUGCCGGUGCCGCCGGCGCCCUACUUCGCCGGCCAGGCAGGCGGCUGGUUUUUGCAGGACCAGCGGGGCGGCGGCGGCGGCGGGGCGUGGUCGCCGGCAGAGAACAAGCUGUUUGAGGAGGCGCUCGCGCGUGUCGACGGGGACGCGCCGGACCGGUGGGAGCGGGUGGCGGCGCUGCUUCCCGGCAAGACGGUGGCCGACGUCAUGAGGCAGUACGACGACCUCGAGAACGACGUCUGCUUCAUCGAGGCGGGCCUCGUCCCCUUCCCCCACUACAACGCCAACGCCGGCGGCGCCGGCUCCCCGGCCUCCGAGUUCACCCUGGACUGGGACGGCGGCGGCGACCUGGCGUUCAAGCGCUCCUGCUACAUGGCGGCCGGCAACGGCAAGCGCGGGCGCGGCUCGGACCAGGAGCGCAAGAAGGGCGUGCCCUGGACAGAGGAGGAGCACAAGCUGUUCUUGAUGGGCCUGAAGAAGUACGGGCGAGGGGACUGGCGGAACAUCUCGCGCAACUACGUGACCAGCCGGACGCCGACGCAGGUGGCCAGCCACGCGCAGAAGUACUUCAUCCGGCUCAACUCCGGCGGCAAGGACAAGCGCCGCUCCAGCAUCCACGACAUCACCACCGUCAACAUUCCCGACGACGACCACGCCAGCAACACCAACCCCUCGCCGUCGCCGCCCUCCGCGCUCACCGCCACCUCCUCCCCCCCGGAGCAGUUCGGCGCGCUCGUGGACAGCAAGCCGCCUCCUCUCGGCGGGCACCACCACUUCAUGCCCCAUCUCUACGGCAGCGUGAAACUGGAGGCCAGCAAUAACGGCUACCACGGCGACUCUGUUCUGAUGCAGAUGCAAUGCGGCCAGCUCCAGCCUCUCGGUUGACCAGCGGUUCCUUGGAGCAGCAGCAGCCCAGCCGCCAUCGGAGAAAGCUGCCUCGUCGUCGGGCGUGCACGAGGAAGGAGAACCACCCAGCGUCGCACGUGCUCUUGGUCCCAGAUCAUCCAUGCAGGAACACACUGGACGGACGGACGGACGGAGAGGGAGCACGAGAUGAGGAUGAGCGGCAAGGCAGCAGGAUGGAUACGGCAUUUCUUCUGUGUACAUAACGCCACGCCCACGGUGAAAUAAUUAGCAAUAUUCCUCUCUAUUAUUUGCUAGGACGUCCUAUUUGCUACUCCCGAGCCAUGGGAGACGCACUGGGAGCACUUGAGUUUGGGAAGCACACUAGCACAGGAGUACUGUACUACUAGCUAGACGCUGUGAUUACACCUGCCCGAGUUUUUCUUUUUUAUUUACUGUACUUUUGAUGUAUUUGGUCAGCUAGUUAGUGUCAUGCAUGUGGUAGUAUUUGGACAGCAGCAGCAUACCGUAUGGUGUUCUUCUUUUCCCUUGUUGUAACGUGUUGAUCUUUUGAUUUGGGGGUAUUAGCAUUGCUCACCCU